GUACCACUCCCACUCAGAUGCAGUAUAUAUACCACAAGCACCAAACCCAACGCUAGCUAGCUAGAAUCCAACCAAAAUAUAUCUAGCCAAAGCAAAUCAACCAGCGCUUAUUCGAUCCGAUCGAUCUCCAUUAAUUAUCCAACGACGACACGACGACGCAGCGGCAGCGAUCGAUCGAUGGAGGAGGCCUACUGCAUGAUGAUGGUGGGGAGGGAGAGGGAGCUCGUGGCUGAGCUGCGUCACCUCCUCUUCCCUUCUCCGUCUCCCACUCCGACCACCCCUGCGAGCCACUCUACUACGGCGCUCGCCGGCGACGGCGAGUGCUGCUUGCCGCCAGGGCUGACAACGACGACGACGGUGUCCGGUGGAGGACGGCGGCGGGGGAGGAAGAGAGUCAACCGCGACAAUGAUAAUGUCAAGCUGCUUCUGCAGGCAGAUGAUGAUCAGGAGGCCGUAAUAGCUGAUCAUGGCGAUGCAAAUGCCAAGCCUCUUCCUAAUUUCACCAAAACAAGAAGGAGGAAGCAGCAGGCGACGACAUCAACGAUGGUAACGACGGUGCCAGAUUUCGAUGGGUAUCAAUGGAGGAAGUAUGGUCAGAAGCAAAUUGAAGGUGCCUUGUACCCCAGGAGCUACUACCGGUGCACCAACAGCACAAACCAGGGCUGCCUCGCCAAGAAGACGGUGCAGCGCAAUGGCGGCGGCGGAGCAGCAGGGUACACGGUGGCCUACAUCUCAGAGCAUACUUGCAAGUCCAUCGAACCAUCCCUGCCUCCAGUCAUCCUCGACACCACCGUCCGUACUACCAACAACCACCAGCAGCCUGCAGCUGCUGAAUCACCGGCGGCGACAUCGUCGUCGUCGUCGAAUAUGGUCAUGACGAGUAGCGAGACUGGUAAUUGGAGCGGUCAGCACGGCGCCUACGCAUGCCGACAGAUGAUCGCCGCCGAUGAAGAGUACUGCUGCUGGGACACUCCGGCGACGACGACGACCACCUCUGGCUCUAAUGGUGGUAACAGUACUUGUGCUGAGGAUAUAGAAUUAUUGAGCAGGCCGAUCAGGUCGCCGAUGCACAUCGCGGCGGAAGGGAAUUGGAUGGACGAUUUGCUCCUUGUUACUGACGGCCUUAUCGUUAUAUCCAACUCCAGCAUCACCCAUUUCCUCACUUAAUUUCUAGAUGCACAUCUCUCUGCUAUCUCUGCUAUAUGUAUAAGAUGUUGCUUAUGAAUUUUGCAUGAUGGGCCAACUCUUUUUUCUUUGUUUUGAAAAUGAUUAGAAAUCCGACCUCUACAUCUAA